AUGUUUGCAUCAUAUUACCAACAGCGACCUACGCAUGCUAUGCACUCGAAUCCCGACAAAGUGCUUACCGUAUCUUGCGUGCCCACAGGAAAGGCAUUUCCAAACUCCCCACAACAGAGUCAAGUUCGCUUAGCUAAGACAUUUUUAACGGCUAAAAACAGCUUGAUCUUUUACCUGGGUCCUGAUCUAAGUCACACUCCUUUUCGUCCUCUCUCGAUCAAAUCGAAAGGGACGAUGGCUUCGUUUAAACUGGUCACGGGAGACCUUAUUCGACUCGUCGAGACCCCGCAUGAGAAGCAGCAAGAUGUACUUGCUCGAAUGGGCGGCCUUGAAGGUAUUGCCAACGCACUGAACGUAGACCCACGUCAAGGUCUUGACUCAAACGACGCUGCUGACCUUGCGAAACGUGAAGAAAGUUUUGGCAAGAACUACGUUCCUCCUCCGAAGCCCAAGAGCUUUCUUGAACUCAUGUGGGACGCCUUUCAGGACAUUACUAUCAUUGUCUUGACCAUUUCUGGAUUCAUUUCGAUCAUCUUAUCGAGCACAGUGGGUGAUCACCCAGAGACGGGGUGGGUCGAAGGCGCUUGUAUUAUUCUGGCUGUCGUCGUUGUCACGAUUGUGACAGCUAUGAAUGACUAUCAGAAAGAAGCACAGUUUCGUGUCUUAAAUGCUGUUAAAGAAGAUGAGAAAAUCAAAGUGAUUCGAAAUGGCCAGCCGGAAGAAGUCAGUAAGUGGAGCCUCGUGGUCGGUGACAUCGUUCGUGUUGACUUGGGUGAUAUUAUACCGGCCGACGGUAUCGUCUUUGAUGAGAAGGAAAUUAAAAUGGACGAGAGUGCUAUGACAGGCGAGUCGGAUUUACUUAGUAAGAACGCUGAAAAUCCAUUCCUACUUUCGGGUACAAAGGUCAUGGAAGGCGUUGGUAAAAUGCUUGUUAUAUGUGUUGGGGAACAUUCACAGGCUGGGAUUAUUAAAAGCCUGAUCAAUGGUAAACGUCCAGGUGCUGUCACCAGUGGAAGUGAUAGCAAGAUGAAGAAAAGCGUUGAGAUUCCGGAUGACCAAGUGUACAUUGAGAUUCAGACUCCGAAGAAUGCUUCUACAUUUGAAGAAGAAAAACCGCAGAUUGAAGAGGAAGAGGAUGAGAGUCAAUCACCGUUGGAAGGCAAACUUUACAAUUUAACAGUUCUCAUUGGCAAACUUGGUACACUUGUGGCUCUGCUUGUGUUUAUUAUUAUGUCUAUUCGAUUCUCAAUUGACACAUUUGGCCGUGACGACAAACCGUGGAAGAGUGGCUACAUCAGCGACUAUUUAAACUUUUUCAUCAUUGCCAUCACCGUACUUGUAGUCGCAAUUCCAGAGGGUUUGCCGCUUGCCGUGACAAUUGCUCUUGCAUAUUCGGUUAAGAAAAUGCUCCUUGACAACAAUUUGGUCCGUCAUCUUGAUGCUUGUGAGACUAUGGGCAGUGCGACGACUAUUUGCUCGGAUAAGACGGGCACACUGACAACAAAUCGCAUGACGGUGAUGCAGCUAUGGAUUGGUGAUGACGAGUAUUCAUCUGCGAUAGACGGCAUUGGCUCGCUUUCACACGCAACGAAGGAGGCACUUUGUGUUGGCAUUGCGGUAAACUCAACGGCUGAAAUUUUAGCUCCAAAGGUGGAGAAUGGUCUGCCGGAGCACACUGGUAACAAAACUGAGUGCGCUUUACUGCAGUACAUUCGUGACGGUGGUGUCGAAUACCCUGAGAUUCGUACUAACAAUGAAGUUGUGCAUAUGCUAACGUUCAGCAGUGCGAAGAAGCGCAUGUCGGUGGUUGUUCGGCGCACUGAAACGACGUGUCGUGUAUACACCAAGGGUGCAACAGAGGUGGUGCUGGGCUUGUGCAAGGACAUGCAGCGUGUGGACGGCUCGAUUGAGGCUCUUAAUGACGCACACAAGGCGAAGAUUAGUGCGGAAGUGAUUGAGAAGUACGCGUCCCAGGCGUAUCGUACGUUGUGUUUGGCUUACCGUGACUUGGAUGUUCCUGCUGAAGACAUGAUUGGUUGGUCUGAUGAGGAUGUUGAGACGAAUUUAACUUGUGUGGCCAUUGUGGGUAUCGAGGAUCCCGUUCGACCCGAAGUGCCUGGUGCUAUUCAGCAGUGCUAUCGCGCUGGUAUCACGGUGCGAAUGGUGACAGGCGACAACAUCACGACGGCGCGCUCGAUUGCCAGCAAGUGCGGUAUCACGCAGCCUGGUGACGGUUCAUUAGUGAUGGAUGGUCAAACGUUCCGUAGUCGUGUCUUAGAUGCGCACGGUAGUAUUAUCCAGUCUGAAUUUGACAAGAUUUGGCCUAUGCUUCGCGUCCUUGCUCGUUCUUCGCCCAAAGAUAAGUACACGCUGGUGUCUGGCUUAAUGCAAAGUAACGUUACCCCUCAUGGUCCUCAAGUUGUUGCUGUCACCGGUGACGGUACGAAUGAUGCUCCGGCGCUGAAAAAGGCAAACGUGGGAUUUGCUAUGGGUAUCAGCGGCACUGCUGUAGCUAAGGAUGCAUCAGAUAUUAUUUUGAUGGACGACAACUUUAACUCGAUUGUAAGUGCAAUCAAGUGGGGUCGCAACGUGUACGACUCUAUUGCCAAGUUCUUACAGUUCCAGCUGACGGUCAAUGUAGUUGCUAUCUCACUGGCUUUCAUUGGUGCUGUCGUACUAGAACAGUCUCCCCUGUCUGCUGUACAGAUGCUUUGGGUCAAUCUUAUCAUGGAUUCCUUUGCGUCGCUGGCCCUUGCUACAGAGGAGCCUACGCCUUCUCUUCUUAACCGCAAGCCCUAUCCAAAGACCGAGCCGUUGAUCUCAAAGAAGAUGAGCAAACAUAUCAUUGGUCAGUCCAUUUACCAGCUUGUUUUGCUGCUGGCGAUCGUCUUCACGGGUGAGAAGUGGUUUAAUAUUCCUUCUGGUCGCCGUCCUGACCUUCCCGAAGAAGAUAAAGAUGACCCGACUGUCCACAUGACCCUUGUGUUCAAUGUGUUUGUAUGGGCACAACUCUUUAAUGAGCUCAAUUGCCGCAAGAUUCACGACGAGCUAAACAUAUUUGCCGGAAUCACCAAGAAUCGCGUCUUUUUGUACGUGUGCCUACUGCAGAUCGUAUUGCAGUACGUCAUGGUACAACAUACCGGAGACUGGUUCAAGUGCAAGCCGCUCAACCUUGAAGAGUGGCUACUCUCGAUUGCCAUGGGGUUUGGAUCGCUUCCGCUUGGUUUGCUAUUGCGCACCAUCUCAGUCAAGAAUGCUCCGAGCUGGAUGGCCGUUUGCCGAGAGGUCGACACCGAUGAAACGGGUAGAGUCAACAAUGGUCGUGGUCAAGAGCUGUGGGUGCGUGGCUUUGCGCGUCUUCGUGCUCAGAUUCGCGUGAUCAAAGCGUUCCGGAAGGGACUUGAGACCAAACAGCUUAUCAAGAUGUAUUGA